UUAAGAGAAUUAGUGCGCUCAAUGAACGAGCCAUGUCAGGAGCAAGAACGCAGCUAGCAGAUUCAUCUACUUCUCCGCCGUUGAGCGAAAGUCGUCGCCUUGAUUUUAACUCCGGCUUGAAGUACUCGUAUGGUGAUGGUUCUGAUGAUGAAGGCCCGACGCUAGCAGCCGAACUGCCCUCGUGCGUGUAUGCAGCCGCCAGGAGUCGACUCCAAUUACCUCUCGCUGCGUAUGUACACCAACACACCAGGCAAUUACACACAGAUGUUUUAUUGGAGACAUCCGCCGAGCCCGAGUAUCAAUGCGGUGGAUCACCGUACCGCGUGCAGCGGGCGGCUGCGAACGUACGCGAGCGACGACGGAUGCUGAGGUCCGGACCCAAUGGCAGUAUAAACUCGGCGUUCGACGAACUGCGUGUGCACGUGCCAACCUUUCCUUAUGAGAAAAGACUCAGCAAAAUUGACACGCUUCGGCUAGCCAUUGCUUACAUCGCUCUGCUCAGGGAGGUAUUAGAUGCAGAUUACGAUCCUCUGACUUACGUAGAAAAAUGCUUGCGUGGAGAAAUCAAAGCUGACCGAGCACAUUGGAAUACAAGUGACCUGACAGCAAGACUCUCGUGGAUCAAUUGGGAGAAUCUCGGGGUGAACCCGCAAAGAAGGAGCGUCCUUACCUCGCUCGCACUCAGUUCUGACAAUUUGCAAUAUUCACAUAACUAAGACAUCAAUAAUACCAGAUAUAUUUAUUUAUAUUUACAAUAUGACAUAAAAACAGUAUUUUUAUAACAGAAGAUACCUAUAGGUAUAGUGCAAACGGAAUAUAGUACCUGGGAAGCUAGAGCCUUUGUUGUGUGUGUGUGUGUGGGGAAGACCUAAAUUUAACAGUAGAGAUAGAUACAGCAUGAAAUUGUAAUCAAAUAUGCUGUACGUAGAAACUGUAAAAUAAAAGAAAUAUGCAGGAAUAUUAUUUAUAGAUACUUUGUUCUUAUUUACGGAACAACUUUUUUUCUGUAAAUUAUACAAUAUACUAAAACAGAGGGAUAGUUAUGUUUAUACAUUUUUUAAAAGUAUUUACAUGUUGUACGUUGCCGUGGUAAAAACCAAAACAAGAUUUACAGAACAACUUUGUUUUCUAUACAUUAUACAAUAUAAUAAAGUUGUAGGUUAGCCAUGCUUGUAGAUUUUUUCUAAACCGAUUUACAUAUUGUAUGUUAGACAAAAAGAAAUAUUAUUAGAUGUUUUGUCUGUUUGCCAGUGCGUUUGUAUUUGUGAACGUUAAUCUGGCCUGGCAAACGUUGUUUUGCCAUAUAUAAUCAGUUAUCGACCACUGAAAGUAGAAAAUCGUUAAAGUAGAUAAUAAUAUAAGCUGUUAAAUAAUAGAGGUAGAUGACAAAAGGGUGAAAAUUUGGGCUGUUACGUGUCAAAAAAAAUGUCCAAAAAAGAAUAUAUAUGGGAUUGGACAACCCUCAUCGCUCAGAGAUAUGCAAAAUACGUUAUACCUCUUAUUCUCAGACCUACUGAACAUACAAAAUUUAUUAAUUAACACAAAUUUUCAUAAGAAUCAAUCAAGCCGUUUAGGAGGAGUUUAGAUACCAUCAUUGUGACAGAGAGAGAGAGUAUUUUAUACAUUAUAAAGAUUACAAUCUUCUCGUAACAAUAAGUAGGUACUUAUUUGUUUCAUUUAAGGGAUCACAAAUAACAAAGUUGUUAUCUAUUGUUAUUGCUAAUAUGUAGUUAAUAUGUAGGUACCACGCGUACGAAGUUGCGCGCACAGCUAGUAUGUAAUGGUAAAAUCGCCGACAUUUUGUACAAUACUAAAGAUCGACUGGUUUCUUCAUAUAUGUCUUCCUUUCAACAUGAACGAUAAUAAUAGAGUGAGACAUAGACAUAAUUUUAUUAAUUACAUAUAUUAACUUACAAAUGGACAGAAAAUAACCGAUAUUGUUAUAUUUUUUAUUAUGAAAUACAUAGAUAUGCUGUAUAACUAGUCAAAAGGGUGCAAUAUAGACCUAAGUUACUUUAUGAAAUGUAGACAUGUAAUAUGAU